CCAUGCGGAAAACUGCAGGGUAGAGAAGAGAAGAGAAGUGCCCGACUUUGGAAAUAGCGCAAGUGACUGAGGGCUGGUUUACUGAUGAGAGUUGAGAACUGCAGUGAGGAUCAAGGUCGAGGCGGUCCCAGGAGUUGUAAGGGAUCUAUGUUGCCACGUACAGGAAUGGAUGGAGAUAUUUAUCAAGACACACCACACAGAAGAAGGUCAUUUAAAAGCAAGGCACCCUCUCCUCCAGUGGCGCUGCAUGGUCCAGCUGUUUCAUCAGGAGUUCCUGUGUUUCCCAACACAGCCAUGGAGCAGGAGAAAAGUCCUUUAGAGCAGGAGCUUGCACUGAUGGUGGUGCUGCCUGAAGGAGUGGAGAAAAGCAUGACAGUGCAUGGCAGCGAGCCUGUGAUGGACCUGCUAGUUAUGUUGUGUGCAAAGUACCAUCUGAACCCAUCAGGCUACACCAUUGAGCUGGUCUCUGCCAACAAAAAACACAUUAAGUUUAAACCCAACUCUCUUAUCGGAGCGCUGGAGGCUGAGAAGGUUCUGCUCAAGCCCAAAGGCAUGGAGGACAAGAACAAGAAGACUGGACCACAGAUGCCAGAGGCUACAGUGCGUCUGGUAAUAAAUUAUAAAAGGACCCAGAAGACGUUUUUGCGAGUGAACCCACAAGUCCCUCUGCGAGAGUUGCUACCUGCGAUAUGUGAGAAAUGUGAAUUCGAGGUGCAGAAUACUGUGUUGCUGCGAACCAUAAACUCAGAGGAGCCUCUGGACCUCAACUGCUGCCUCAACGACCUCCGCCUUAGUGACCUCGGCCCCAGGGAGCUCUACGCCAGAGACACACGGGUUAAUAGUCCAACAAACUUCCCUCCAUCACCGACUCAUUCAGAUAUAAUUCAACCCGGCAAGGACAAACUCCAGAAAGAAAAAGAGAAUAAAGGACUGUUUGGCAUGUUUAAACGAGGGAGUAAGAAGAAACUGGAACGGGCUUCCACAGUGAGCGCACCAGCGUCCCCGAUCAACAGGAGAGCCAGGCCGAUGAGCAUGAGUGCUAUAAACGUGCAUUCCCCACCGUACGACUCAAACACUAUGCCUGCAGACAUGCCGAAGAAGAAACGGGCCCCUCUGCCCCCUAACAUGAGGCCUCCUGACCUUAACCAUCAGCACAGCAACUCUCAAACAGCCAGUCAAUCUGAUGGCAACCAGGUCAGAAGAGGGCUGAGUCGAAGCUUGUCCUCUGAGUCAUCUCUAAAAAGCAUUAAAAGGAGGGCUCCUCCACCCCCAACCUCCGCUGACAACCUGUCACUGACCCAGGAUGUAAAAAUGCAGGACACAUCAUCUACAACAGAUCUGCCAACGACUCUUGAGGAGAUUCAGGAAAAUCCGGAGGCUCAGCUGGUCACAGAGACCCCUGCUGUUCCUGUAAGCUCUAGUCCUGAGAGUCUGAGUCCAGUGCAGGAGCUCCUUGAAGACGACAGUAGCAUCAACCUAUCCGCCGAUGUCUCCCUGGACUCCGGGAGAGCCGGAACCGCCUCUCCGUCUCAGGGCUCAGAGAUGGACACCGUAGCUCCACCUGGGGAAAGUGCUUUAGAAGUGUCAUGUGACCUGACCACAGAUGGCAAACUAAGUGCAGCCUCUGAAGAGAACAGAGAUCAGUUAGAUGCCGAUGCUCGAUUACAGCCAGUGGACAGCGCUGGUUCUGUAAAGACGACUACAGCUACAAAGGACGAGAGCACGGACACAAUGGAUAUCUCAGAGGACAUUUUAACCCCGACUCAGCGAGCAGAGCCCCAGGUUCCUCCUAAACCCGCCCGUGCAGUUGCCUCGGUUCAGACGAUUCAAGACGUCGACCUCGCUGAAGCCAGCGGAGGUCAAACAAACGUUACGGUUCAAACAGAGGCAUGGAAGUCCACUGAACCUUUAUUCAGCCCACCAUCAGAGCCAAACUCUUCGAUGGUCUUAACCUCAGGGGGUUCCAAGAGGAACACGGGCACGUAUACAGACGAGCGUCACAUGCAAAUCUCAGAAAGACAAAAAUCUAUACAGACUCACGGUCCUCAGAGCCAAAAAUUCACAUACACACAAGCCUCUGAGAUGCAUCCGACCCCACAGGUUCCCCUAGCCGCUAAAGCUGGAAGCUUGCACACCCCUACUAAGCCCUCCAACGAGGUCACACGCAACUACAUCCCCAAAGCUGGUAUGACUACCUAUACCAUAGUUCCUCCCAAAUCCCUCGACAAGCUUCGCUUCUUUGAGGUGGAGCUGACCCUUGAGUCCUCCAGCAUGCCUGGAGUUCAGGAAGUGACCGCUGACACUUUGGAUCACAGAUCUUCAUCUUCAUACAAGUUUGAGAAUAGAUCUGGCAGUCCCAGCCAGCCGCCAUACAUUCCUUCACCAGAAAAACAAGUCCCACCUCCAGUAAGGUGUGAGAGCAGGUCAGGCAGCGCUAGUUCACUUUCCCAGUCUAUUCCCUCAUCCCCAGUAUCUACUGAGGUCAAGGAGAAGAAAGUUCCACCUUCAAUCAGGCCCAAACCGGCUUCUUUCCGCUUACCACAGCAUAACAAAACACCUGGGAGUUACGUAAGCUCUGCAGCGGUGCGCAGCAUGAGUUUAAGUGACAGUUCAGAAACAGGUAGUCCCCAAAAAGAGACUUUCCCCAUGGCUACUGAGGACUGUUUUCCUCCCCCUCCACCACCUAUCCAGUGGGAGGACGAAAGAGAAACAAGAAAUGGCCAACAUGUUCCAUUGCCAAUGUCCCCACUUAAGCAGGAAAAUGGGAACAGAUUCUUCAGUCUACCGAGGGCGGACGUGUCCAGUGGGUCAGCACAUUCUGUAUUGUCACGUCAGUCGAGUCUACCAGCCACUAGUCUGUCUCUGGAGAAGCUGCGCAGUUUUGCGGCACCGAAACCGUACUCCCCCAACCCACCUCGUAGUUUCGCUCAGACCGUCUUCUCUACUGCCAAGAGGACCCAGUCUCUUAACUACAGUCCUGUAGGGCAGUCCGGCCACAAGGUCCCGCUGGCCCUCACCAGACAUAGUCCCCUAAGAGAGUCUGAUGAACUGCCGGAUUCACCCACUGACACAGAUGUGGAACCUGGACCCAAUCAGAGGAAGAGCCGUAGUGACUCAUUUCCAACUGAUGAUACUGAUGAGGUUUGGAAGAGGAGAACAACUGACCUCUCCCUGCCCAGUGAAUCUAAUGCUCACUAUGUCUAAGAAUCUGUCGUGUCUCCUGUGAUUCGUCCCAUGCCGAAGACUUUUUAUCUGUUCUUUAGCUUUGAUCUGACCUUAGUGCCUUGGUGUGUUUGAGCUUAGUGCCUUUACAUUCUGUCUUCACCAGCCAAUUUCCACUUCCACUGUCUACGAUAUGAAUGAUUUAGUCAUUUUUUACUGUCCAUGGUAUGGAUGAUUUAGUCAGUUCACUUAAGUCAGGCGAACACAGGUACAGUCCUGAAAGGCCACAGCACUGCAGUAAGAUGUUUUAUUUUUUUUAAUGAUUUGUUUUACUUGUGCUUGAUAGAAGAGUUAUUACAAUUCCUUCCAAAGUUGAAUUGUUUGAAACCAUACUUUUUGGCUAUAUUUAAUAUGAGACAAUGCAAAAUUUUGCUAGAGUAUUAUAAAAUGACAUUCAUUGCUUUUAGAACUACUUAUAAAAAACAGAGAAAACUGGAGCAAGGUUGUUACCAUGAUUGUUUUAAGCAGGUGGAGAACUGAACUACAGGAAUCAAUGUGUUAACAUAAAAUAGACAUAAAAGUUGCAAAAUAAUAAAAAAUCCGAAUUAAGAAAUACACCGUUGACUGCAUAAUGGAAUUCUUAUGUCUCAAAAAUCAAGAUGGUUUUAGCUGGUUUAGCUGGUGACUGAUCCCAGAAAGCUGGUGUUAGGUGGUCUAGCUGGUCUUUCAGCUGUUUUUUUCAGCCUGACCAGUUAAAAGCAACCUGACCAGAUCAGACAGAACAGCUAAAAUGGUUGCCAGCUAAAACCAGCUUGUUGGUCCAGGCUAGUUUUUUCUUUUUCAGAACUGAUCCAGAAUAGGACUGCAGACUAACAGUCUCAAUGUGUGGGGAAUACACUGCACCUGCCCUUAGCUGUUAGAGAUUUAUAAGUGUUUAUUGCUUCUAUUUUAGUUCCUUUUAAAUGUAUUAAUUAUAUGAAAUACGUUCUUAUUACGGCCAACCCUUGUUGCAUUGUUUUCUAUGAUUUCUUUUAAUUAUGUAUAUGUAUAAUUUUAUGGAAGAUGGUUUGUUCAAUUCCAUGUGUUUUUCUUUAACUUAUUAGGUGUAGGGUUUAAAGUGCUGUAAUUAUCAGGUGAUGUGGAAAAGGUACUUUAAAAUGACCAUCUGGUAUUACCCUAUACUUGUGUGCAUGCAUACUGAACACAUACCUGUAGUACAGGUAGCAUUACUAGUGCCUAUUACAUAACUGCAAAUUACACGGAUCACAGUGAGAUAAGCAGUAUGUAAUGGCAUAUACCUACACAGAUAAUAAGGCCUUACACAUAUAGGAGAAAUGCAUCACAGACAGAGAAGAAAAAAAAAUCAACCAAGCUGAGCUUUUAAAAAAGGCACUGGUCUGCUCAUGCUUGUUUUAAGACAGUACUGCUGUAAUAUUUGGAAUUGUUAUUUUCAUUAAAGUUUAAAACCACAGUCAA